AUGCCUCGCGCCAUCAUCUCUCCUUCCGUGCUCGCCUCCGACUUUGGGCAGCUCACUGCAGAGUGCAAGCGGAUGAUCAGGGGCGGCGCAGAGUGGUUGCAUAUGGAUGUCAUGGACGGCCAUUUCGUGCCCAACAUCACCAUGGGCGCACCUAUCCUAUCCUGCGUGAAGAAGGACGUGCCAGAUAUCUUUAUGGACUGCCACAUGAUGGUCGCCCAGCCUGAAAAGUGGGUGAAUGACAUCGCAGAUGCGGGUGGCGCUUUAUACUGCUUCCAUAUUGAAGCCACAUCGGACCCAACGUCACUAAUCAACGCCAUCCAUGAGCGCAAGAUGAAGGCAGGCGUCGCGGUAUCCCCGGAUACACCCUCGACUGCGAUCACGGACGAAGUCGGCGCGGCAGCCGACAUGCUUCUUGUCAUGACCGUUUACCCCGGACGCGGUGGCCAGAAAUUCCUCGAGCGCUGCGUGCCGAAGGUCGCGGAGCUCCGCGCACGAUUCCCCGAUAAGGACAUCGAGGUCGAUGGCGGCGUCGGCCCCAAGACCAUCGGUGUAUGCGCUGACGCUGGUGCUAACGUCAUCGUUGCCGGGACAGCGAUUUUCAACGCGUCAAACCCUGAAGAAGUCAUCUCGCUCCUUAGACGCAUAGUCGAAACGGCACAAGCUAAGGCAGCAGCGAAAUGA